UAGAUUCUUGAGCGUUUAGGGAAGUCAGAGAGAGCUGUUCUAGUGUGUGUGCUGGUCAGAGUUGCUUGUGUGUGUUUUAGGGCAGGUAAAGGUGAAAGUUGAAAGAACACCUUCAGAUGCUGAGUCAAUACAGCACGCGUUUGACCUCAGCACCGCCUUGCGCAUCCCGCCUGUCACAUCGGAGACUUAUUUGCUGUGCAUAUGCUCCAAAUGCUCCCGUCAGCCCAGUAUCGCACCGCCUCGAGCCCCCUGGAGCAGACGCCCCAGCUGUACUGAGGCUUCCCCUUCCACCUUCCUUCCUAGAUGUUGGUCAGGAUGCGGAGCAAGCGAGCACUUCAGCAGCUUCGGACAGCACAACAAAGAAGGCGGCACGGCUCACCCUAGCUGGGGAGCACGUCAGCUGUGUUGUGACAGCUGCUGGAGAGUUCUUCUUGUUGAAGAGCAAGUCUGGCAGCAGGAACAGAGAGAACAUCGCUGGUCAUGGCAGUGUCGGUCUUCCCACUGGAGCAUCAGAUGAGAGCUUCUGUAUCACCAGGCAGCUGUUUGACGGGGAUAAAGUGUUGGAGGCAGAGGUCACAUGGGGGCCACCCUCCCAACCUCUGGCAAGGUUGAGAAUCAUGUGCUCUUCUGUGGCAGCGUCAAACUUUUCCUGGUGUAAGAACCUGGACCUGGGAUACGUGCUUGAGUACAAAGUAAAGAAGGAGGCAGCAUCGCUGGCGGAGAUCAAGGUGGACAUAGCAUCAGCCGGGCACUGGUUUGGCGGAGGCCACCUCAUGCGCCAGCUGUGGCCACUGAACCGCGCCUCGCUGGAGACAGGCCCGUACUACCCCUUUGACAAUGGCCCCAACGGCGUCAACACCCUUGUCGCACCCCAGUGGCUCACCAGUCAGGGACUGCUGGUGACGACGGACCCGGACACGCCGUUCCUGCACGUGGGCAUGAACGCGCCGCGAGAGGAGCGCGAGGGGGGCUGGAUCCAGCGCAGCUGGGGUGUGGGCGUACAGAACAUGGCGCGCGAGUACCUGCCCCGCAGCGUCGCCCGCCGCGCCUCCGGCGACGGCCUCCUCCGCCUGCAGGCGAGGUCCAACUACAAGUGCCACCUCAUGCAGCACCCGCUCCACGACUGGAUGCCCACAGCGUUCCCUCCACCAGUGAGCGCGGAGCCCGAGCCGGAGAGCGACUGGGUUGCGAUGCGCGUGGCGGUGUGCGCGACGACGGACGCGCGCGCGGCAUGCCAGCUGGCGCACCGCAGCCUGACGCCGCCGCGGCUGUCGCCCAGCAAGGACUUGCUGGAGGCGCCAAUCUGGACCACAUGGGCGCGCUACUUCUCCCGCGUGACCCAGGCCAAGAGGUCAGUGAUGGAGAUUGACGACAGGUGGCAGUCGGCGUACGGGGACCUGGAGUUCGACACUUUCAAGUUCCCGGACGCGCCCGGCAUGGUUCGCCAGCUGCACGCCAUGGGCUUCAAGGUCACCGUAUGGGUCAUGCCCUUCGUCGAAGAGAACUCCGCCGCCUACAGGGAUGGCGUGGAGAAGGGGUACUUCAUCACCAGCGAUGCGCCGGGCCUGUUCAUGAAGAAGGGCUUCUUCCGCUGGUGGAACACCGCCCCGGUCGUUGCGCUUGAUCUGACUAACCCCGAGGCCGUCGCCUGGUUUGUACACCGCCUGCGCGCCCUGCAGGCCGCCACCGGCAUCGACGGCUUCAAGUUUGAUGCAGGCGCGUCCAUUCCCUCAAGGGAGCCAUGCUUUUUGCCGCAGCAGUUCCGCACGCAGCGGCCCAUCAGCAACCCCACAGAGUACACGCGCCUGUGGGUCUCUGAGGUUGCCGGCCAGUUUCAAGGCGGCGUCUGCGAGGUGCGGACGGGGCACAAGACGCAGGGCGUGGCGUUGUUCACGCGCAUGGGGGACCGCUUCUCGACCUGGGACGUCUCCAACGGCCUCCAGUCCAUCAUCCCCACCCUCCUCACCUCCGGCGUCCUCGGAUACCCCUUCUGCCUCCCAGACAUGAUCGGGGGCAACGCCUACUUUGGGCAGCGGCCGAGCCAUGAGCUGAUGGUGCGCUGGACCCAGGUGAACGCGCUGAUGCCGGCCAUGCAGUUCAGCAUCGCGCCCUGGGACCUCUCCCCCGAGACCGCCCGUCUCUGCGCUGCCGCCCUGCAGCUGCGCAAGCAGGUGAUAGAGCGGCUGCACACACUGGCGGACGAGGCGGCAGCAACGCUGGCGCCGAUUGCGCGGCCGAUGUGGUGGCUGGACCCCGCAGAUGAGGCCACAUUCACCAUCCACGACCAGUUUGCGCUCGGCCAGGACAUGAUCGUGGCCCCUGUGGUCGAGCAGGGCGCCGUCACUCGCAAUGUCUACUUGACUGCCGGCCUGUGGCGCGACGCUUUUGACAAGGGGAGCCAAACAUGGGAGGGUCCCUGCUGGAUAGAGAACCUUGAUGCUCCUCUGAGCAAGCUGCCCUGCUUUGAGCGCGUGGUGCCCUCCAGGCCAGACACUCCUCACGUCUGGUCAUCUUGA